AAAGUCCGACACGUAUUAUAGUCUCCAUUCUUGAGGACCGAAGCGCAUCCUGCAGAAGGUUGAUUGCCAUCAUGGCCGCAUACAAUGUGCGGGUGGUGACGGGCAACAAUUGCGAUUCGGGUACCUUGGAUUUAAUUUCCCUCACCUUGGUGGGCACUGAAGGCGAGAGUCCGAAAACCAAUCUGGACGCCCGGAGUCGUCGUUUCUGCCGAGGCAUGGAGACCGAAUACAAAAUCACUUGUGAACACCACCUAGGAGAGAUCAUUCUCCUCCGUCUCCAAAAAGAGGCUUUGAGCAAAGAUAAAUCAGACAGCUGGUAUUGUAAUUUUGUCGUGGUGACGUCGGCUGAGGAGGUGUCCUACAACUUCCCUUGCUACCAGUGGAUAGAGGACUCUGGGCCACUAGAGCUCAGAGAAGGAACUGCGAAGACACCAGCCAUGGAUCACCUGCCGAGGUUACAACAACAUCGGAAGGAAGAGCUUCAGCAAAAACAGGGUAUCUACAGGUGGAAGGAGUUUGCUCCGGGAGUGCCGUACUGCCUGGACGUCAAGACGAUGGAGGAGCUGGAGACCAACGUCAAAUUUUCCUGCAUCAAAGCGGCCAUCUUCCAGGAAAACGCAAAACGCAAAGCGGUGGAACUCAAGCUGAAGGGCUAUUCGGAUCGCCAAGAAUCCUGGGAGAACCUGGAGGACAUCAAGAAGGUUUUCUGGUUUAACAAGACCGAGAUGUCAGAACAUGUCACGGAAUACUGGAAGAGGGACGAAUUCUUCGCCUAUCAAUUCUUAAAUGGGCUGAACCCAACCGUCAUCCGGUUAUGUACCAAGAUCCCGUCUAAUUUUCCCGUGACCCAAGAGAUGGUCGCCAGAUCGCUGGGUGACUCCACCACCCUGAAGGAGGAGCUGAAUAAGCAAAGGAUCUUCCUGGUGGACUACCACAUCUUGGAAGGCCUUUCUCCAGGGUUGAAUAAUGGACGUCUUCAGCAUAUAGCAGCUCCAUUGUGUUUGCUACACUUGUCCUCUGAAGGACAUCUCAUGCCGCUGGCCAUCCAGCUCAGCCAGUCUUCCCCAUCUCCCAUCUUCCUGCCCAACGAUCCGGAAUGGGACUGGAUCCUGGCCAAGACCUGGGUGCGCAAUUCGGACUUCCACAUCCACCAGGCGCUCACCCACCUGCUCCGGACGCACCUGCUGGCGGAAGUGUUCACCAUGGCGACUCUCCGCCAACUUCCGAUGUGCCAUCCUCUCUACAAGCUUCUGAUCCCUCACACCCGCUUCACUCUUCACAUCAACACCUUGGCAAGGACUCUUCUGGCUGCCAAAGGCGGAGUCUUCGAUAGGGCAACUGGCACUGGGUUUGAGGGUUUGGUCCAGCUGCUGCAGAAGGGGAUGGCGUCCACCACAUAUUCCUCCCUUUGUCUCCCAGAAGACAUCAAGGCUCGUGGAAUGUCUUCCUUGCCCAACUAUCACUACAGAGAUGAUGGCCUGAAGAUCUGGGCAGCUGUAGAGAGCUUCGUCUCCAGCAUGGUUGAUUUAUAUUAUAAGGCGGAUUGUUCCGUCCAGGAAGAUCGUGAGCUGCAGGGCUGGAUCUACGAGAUUUUUCAGAAAGGUUUCCUGGCUCGGAAAACUUCCGGCAUCCCUUCUUCAUUCAGCACCGUGAAAGAAGUCAAAAAAUUCCUGACCAUGGUGAUUUAUACCUGCUCAGCCCAGCAUGCUGCUGUGAACAGUGGACAGUUUGAAGUCGGCGCCUGGAUGCCGAACUUCCCUUCCUCCAUGAGGGAGCCUCCCCCGAAAACCAAAGGCCAGGCGAGUCUGAAGAGCUACAAGGAGACCAUUCCAGAGAUCAACACGACGGCCAGCAUCCUCAGCACUCUGUGGCUUCUCAGUGCCCCGACAGGAGACAUGAUUCCCUUGGGUCAAUACCCCCACCAUCAUUUCACCGAGAGGGACCCCAUCAACCUCAUUGCAGCCUUCCAAGCCCACCUGGGCAAGAUUUCCAAGGAAAUUAAGAAGAGGAAUAAAUCCCUCGCCAAGAAGUGUCUCAUCAAACAGGAUGCGCCUCUUCUCGUUGCUUACAAAUACCUCGAUCCCGCUGAGAUAGAGAACAGUGUCAGCAUUUGAACGGAAGACUUAAAUGGCUCCUUUCUCUGGAAAAAUUUAAGCCAUCAGAAUAUUAGCAGGCAGGGAGCUUCAAGUUUCUAUAUUGUGUUAAUGGAUACAAAAAUGUGUUAGAAAAAUAUGAAGAAGUUUCACUUCUCAUCCGAGAAGCUUCUUCAGUUCUGAAGAACUGAUCUCCUUUGCUCUAAAGAACUGAAGAUGCUUCUCAGAUGAGAAGCGAAACCUCUUCAAAGAAAAAAGUCCAGUUGCCUCUUGAAAAGAAAAAAAAAAACACCUUUGGGUGUUUUUAGAAAGAUGCAAGCAAAAGUUGAUUAACUGUAAGGAAAAUACAGGUAGUCCUCGACUUACGACGACAAUCGAGGAGUCAGUCGCCAAGCGUUUAAAUUUUGAUCCUGCGAUCACGGGAAGGCUGCCCCAGUCGUAAGUGUGAAAAACGAUCACAAUUCCCUUUUUUUUCAGGCUCGUAACUUUUAAAUGGUCAUUAAACGAACGGUCGUAAGUCGAGAAGUACCUGUAUGGCGGUUUGCAUGAUGCCAGGGCAGCUGACUUAUUUUUGUCUUCGGGUUUCUCUGUAACCCAUCCUGCUUUCACGCCUCUUUCUUUUUUUAAUAGUUUGUGCAUUUUCAUUUAACAUACAUAAGUGCUUUGUGAAGUGUAUUGUCUGGUUCGAAUGCAGCCAGUUCGGGUGAACUGGUAGCGCCGACGAACAGCGCCCACCCACCCGCCCCCACUCUAUCCUGUCCAUUAUUUCCUGCUUUGUAGCUCAUCUCAAUCGCGCGGCGCAGCUGAUUCCCCCCGCAUCGCUGUUCUACUUACCGUUGCUGACUUGGAAGGUAAACAGCUGAGCUUUUAAAUGCUCCAUUUUCGGCGCUGCGCACAAGCGCCUUAGGCGCGUGCUCACCAAACUGGUUGUUAAUCCAGCAGCAUUCCACCACUGGUUGAAUGCUUCCAUAAUAACAUUUUCCUGGCUCCUCAUUUCUUCCUCUAUUAUCCAACCAUGCAUAAAACAAAUCCCAUGUUUGAAAAUGCAUCUUCCUUUUCUUUUAUCCUUAAUGUCAGUCUAUCCAUUUCUGCACAAUCGA